AUGUCGCUGUCUGUGGCCAGCCGUCGUCGGUUUCAGACCAACGCCUCUUCAGCGCAUACAGCUGCCGGAACUUCAACAUCAUCAUCAGGGUCAAGUGUCCCCCUUGGAGCCGGGGCCAGGCUGUUGCAAUCGGUACGCAAACAGCAUUCCUUUAUUGAACCGGCCAGCAAAUAUACGGCUCAGCAGCGUGGUUAUCUCUCGCGUGGUCUCUCCGUGGGCAGGUCCAUAGAGAAUAUACGCCAGAAACUUUAUCAUCAUCCCUCGAGCCUGAGUCGUCAAUCUACUCUAAGUUGCAAUCAGGGAACACCAAAGUUUUCACCAAGCAUCACAUCGACACGUUUGCGGGAUAAGAAUCUGGCCAAUUGGUCAUCCACAUCAUCUUUACUGAAUCACGAAAGUGGCGAGCUAAAAGAAAAGGACAGCGAAGUGUCUAAAAGCUCAACGGAUAGCAAAACGGAUGGCAGCAAGGCGGACAAGAAUCGCAUCAAUUUGAACAUUGUGUUGGCCCAAACCAUAAGAGCGACCACUGAACACGAUAUUGAUAGUGCCACCGAGAGUGAAACGCCCAAGCACAAGGACGUGGAGUCAUCUGUGGCAUCAACGAUUGCCCAUCCAACGCCAUUGAGUGUAUCGCCAAACGCUUUGACUGUUCAACGGCGUCCGCCUUUGGUUCGUGCUAUGUCAGCUCCAGUGCGUGGACUGGAUGAUAAAAUUGCGGCCAAUAAGCGUAAUCAACAGAAGUUGCGGCGACGUAAGAUUUUCACACGGACAGCCUCCUCGGUGACUGCAGGUGGAGGAGGUGGCGGUGGCGGAGGGGGAGCCUGUGAUGGCUCUAGCUCUCUUUUAGUUGACUCCAGCGGAGGUGGGACCAAGAAGGCUUUGAAUCGUGCUCGCAGUGUUGUUGUGGCACCCGAAAUUAUCACUUUGGUAUCCCUUCUCAGUUCCGAGGGCAGUGAUUCGGAACGUGAGGACAAUUCAACGGCAUCGACGCCUUCGGGAGCAGUAGAUAAGCAAUCACAUGUUCCAGGUUCUGCAGGAACACAACGAAGUCCACAGCGUCGUGCACCACUUCUAAGGAAAACGGGCAAAUCGGUCUCGUUUCAAGAUAGCUAUCCGCCCACCUUUCAACUGGCCUCCAAGGAGUAUUCGCAUAUGAUAAGACGUGGUUCGAUAGCACCAUUGGCUGCCCGAAUACGAUCGAAUAGGCCACCAACGGCUCCACCUGUAUCCAUUUUUCUGAGCAACGAAUCGACCAACUCUUCAAAGACAUUGGAGGGGAAUCAAACGGACCAACAGCAGCAGCAGCAGCAGCCGACGGUGAAGCCAUCAACGCUUUCUUCCGAUGAGGCCAAGAAGGAGAAUAACAAUAAUGCAGCCAAUUGCAAUGUGCAGCAGCAGGAUAAUCAGCAGGAUUACAAUUAUCCUUUGUAUGUGCGCAGUGUUAAGGAGCGUGAAUGCUGGAAACUUUUCCAAAAGAUGUGCGCCAAAGGUGUGACUGUUAGCUCCUUUGACACAGUUCUGCGUGGCAUGCUGACACCCACAGAGUUCCGUCACUUUCAGAAACAACGCGAACACGAAGAGGCCAAGGCCCAGAAGGAAGCGGAAGCUGAGGCCGAGGCCGCCGCCUUGGCCGAGGGCAUGGACAAGGAGCUUCGCAAAGGAGGCGCCACGGCCAUUGAACGGCUAUCCGAGUCUCUGUUACAGAGCAAGUGAGGCAGCAUCCAUUGAUAUGACAUAAACCAUUUGGGAGAUAGAGAUUUUCGAGAAUUCGGACCAUAUAUCUGCAUUUGUCCCCUUCUGAACGGACUUAGUAGUAGUCACUUGUGGCACUUGUUAAAUCGCAUUGCACCCCCAAGCAACCCAGAAUCAACUCAACGUCCAUUUUUAUAGUAGUCGACAAUUGUAGCCAGUACCAGUACCCAAUAAUACCCAAUGUAUCCUCAAAGAAAUACCCUUUUACCCUUUCCCAACAACUCAAGCUUAUGGACGUUGUGCAGGCCAAGUAGUUGAGAUAUACAAUAAAGUACCAGACA